ACAACAACAACAACAACAACAAACUGAGAGUCAAAGAAUCGGCAGUAUGGGUACGGUGUUGUCGUCUAGUCCGCGUGACAAACGUGGCUCGGUGUAUCCGCCACCGGGUCAUCAGCACUCCGCUGAUUUCACGUUGAACAAUUUCAAUUACGAGCAACUGAACAACGCGAAGAACAGGGAGAACAAGAGUAGCGUCGCUACGGUGGCGCCGGCGCCGCCCACGAAUCAUCCGCCUACGAACAAUAACUCGUUGCAAAAUAACAAUUUGAAUUUGAACAACAAUGACAACGGGAAGAUUAUAUCGGAGAAGAACGCGCUCGAGAAGAACCUGAAGAAGCACUCAAAGAAGAAGGUGCGCGACAACCAGAACAAGACAGUCGGAUUGAAGCAACCGCUCGAUAACAUACCCAUCGUUGAUAAGAACAAGAACAUACAGACACCUCAGACGAAACCACCGGCAUCGAACAACAAUCAGACCACGCAUAACCCUACGUGCGAGAAGCUUGUGCAAAAGCCUUUACUCUCGAAGCCAAGGAAAAUCGUGAUCCAAGCCUCGACCUCGGAAUUGCUCAAGUGCCUCGGCGUCUUCCUUCACAGGAAAUGCACCCGUUUAAGAGACUUCCAGCCUGGUGAUGCUGUCAUGUGGCUGAGAACCGUCGACAGAAGCCUGCUGGUUCAAGGCUGGCAGGAUGUCGCGUUCAUCAAUCCCGCCAACGUUGUGUUCGUUUAUCUGCUGGUGAGAGAUCUGGUCGAUGGAGGCGAAGCGUCCGAGAAGGAGCUCCAAGCGACCGUGUUAACGUGCCUGUACUUGAGCUACAGCUACAUGGGAAACGAGAUCAGUUACCCGUUGAAACCUUUCCUCGUCGAGGAUAGCAAAGACAAGUUCUGGGAUAGGUGCCUGCUGAUCGUUAACCGACUUAGCUCCGAGAUGCUGCGAAUCAACAGCGAACCUGGAUUCUUCACGGAGGUCUUCACCGAGCUGAAGGCCGGUGGAGCGGGAGAUCGAGGUACUGUGAUUGGUAACAGCUUCGAGCGGAACCUCAUCGUCUCCAGAGCCGUGGUACCCACC